AAGUCACGCCGCGGUUAUAUAUAUAUUUCAGGCUGGGCAUCGAGAGGUCCGUUACUCUUCUUGAAAGAUCUUUGCUCCUUGUAUUCUAGAGAGAGAGAAUGGAAAAACCAGUUAUGGAGAAAUCAGCAAUGGAAGCGUUCGAGAAGCUAGAGAAAGUGGGAGAAGGAACUUAUGGGAAGGUGUACAGAGCAAGAGAGAGGGCUACGGGUAAGAUCGUGGCUUUGAAGAAGACGAGACUCCACGAGGACGAUGAAGGAGUCCCUCCAACUACUCUCCGUGAGAUUUCCUUGCUUCGUAUGCUCUCUAGGGAUCCCCAUGUCGUCAGAUUGAUGGAUGUAAAACAAGGCCAGAACAAGGAAGGAAAGACGGUUCUCUACCUGGUGUUUGAGUACAUGGACACUGAUCUGAAGAAAUACAUCAAAAGCUUCCGUCAAACUGGAGAGAACCUUCCCAUCAAAACAGUCAAGAGCUUGAUGUACCAACUCUGCAAAGGUGUUGCUUUCUGUCACGGUCAUGGUGUGCUCCACAGGGACCUUAAACCUCACAAUCUUUUGAUGGACCGAAAGACAAUGAUGCUCAAAAUAGCGGAUCUUGGAUUGGCCCGAGCAUUUACUCUACCUAUUAAGAAGUAUACUCAUGAGAUAUUGACACUGUGGUAUAGAGCUCCUGAGGUACUUUUGGGAGCUACACAUUACUCAACAGCAGUGGACAUGUGGUCCGUUGGCUGCAUUUUUGCUGAAUUGGUGACAAAGCAAGCACUCUUCCCCGGAGAUUCUGAAUUGCAGCAGCUGCUACACAUUUUCAGAUUGUUGGGUACUCCCAAUGAAGAUGUGUGGCCAGGGGUAAGCAAGCUAAUGAACUGGCAUGAGUACCCCCAGUGGAACCCUCAAAAAUUAUCAUCAGCUGUACCAAAUUUGGAUGAGAAUGGCCUGGACCUGCUAUUGAAGAUGCUGCAAUAUGAACCGUCUAAGCGAAUUUCAGCAAAGAAAGCUAUGGAACACCCUUACUUUGAUGAUCUGGAAAAGGCCCAUCUCUGAAAACCCUGGCCCUGCUGAAUCAGGAGUCCUAUUUUCCUAUUUGGAAUAGAAACCUGAUUUGGUGUCCUAUUGAAGAUUACUUGCUUCCCUCAAGCAUUUUUUAUGUCGUAAAACUUGUAGGUUGAUCAAUUACAUCUUUGAUUGCUGGACUAUUUUGCUUAAA